AAGAAGAAAAUAAAAGCUAGGGUUUCUAUGGACUUCUUUGUUAGGCUUGAGAAUUAUAUGGCAGUAGAAGAUUUCGAUCCGUCACUGUGCGUCUGCCAUUCGAUGGUGUGAAUUUCGUACAACUAGAAUCCUCAGAAAGUGCUAAAUUAUAUAAGGUCUUUGACACAGUAGGCCAGGGUUUCGAAUCCGAGAGCAGGGGGUUUUUUUAAACUCUAAGCUCUGUGAUCGAACCCGAAUUGUAACCUAUCAUAAAAUAUAUCUGACAUCGGAGCUGGGAAAAGAAGUUGGGGAAAAUUUUGGUUCUUCUGUAAACUAUGCGGGGAUUGCACAAAUCGAAAAGGGUUUCUUGGGCUUCAGAUGUAAAUCUUUGUCAGGUUAGGCUGUUCCUAUUGGAGGAAUCGCCUGCACAAGUUGGGUUGGGUGGUCAAGAUCACCUCCAAGCAAAGACAUCAUUGGCAUUGCAUUCAACUGGAUCAGGGUCUGAUGAUAAUCUGCCCCCUGGCUUUGAAGGAGCUCAUCCUUCUAACCAGUUGCAGAUUAAGCUGUCACAAAUUGAUCUAAUUAAAUGGAGAUCUCCUCCUAGGAUUGUGCUGGAUUUGUCUUGGCAAGUGGUUGCUGGGGAAGAAAGUGAAGAGAGUGAGGUUCAAAGUCAGAGGGAGGUGAGAGUACUUGAAGCUGUUUAUCCACGUGCCUCUGCCAUUCCUCCGAACCCUUCUGUUUCAGUGGAUGCAGGAGACUCAAGUUACGAUGAUGAGCAAAUCCUUAUGAUACCCCUUACUCCCAUUGAAGAUGAAGAUGCGGCGGUUGAGACAUCACCUGAUUGCAUGGCACCGGUGCAUGUUUCUAUAAGCAAACAGCCACUACCUUUGGCUCCUGGAAUUCCAUCUCUGUCCCAAACCAGUUUACCCACAGUUGGGAACCUUCCAGUUCAGAAGGCACCUGCUGCAAUGGUGGUUGGUGCUGAACCUGAUGUUGUAGCAUCUGCAUCUGCUGCCUUUAAUGCAAUCGUGAAGACCAAUGAGCAGGGAAACAUGAUUGACCAUGAAUUGCUCGUUAAAAUUCUAAGCAACCCAAAAAUAAUUGAGAAGUUGGUUACAGACUAUGGAGCGGGCACCAACACACAGGACGUACCCAAGCCAAGUUCCCCUCCAGUGGCUUCAUUGGAGCAAUAUCCAGUUCCCGUUGAUUGGACUAUAACCUCAACACCCUCAUCGGCUACCCCAUUAGGUGGACCGUUCUACCCUCAACCAAAUGGCGUUGGAGUAGGACAUCCAAAUCCACGACUUCCUCCGCCCACAGUCCUACCAGUUUCCUCUCCACCCUCUGUUGGAGCUCCUCCUGCAAAGGACAUCAACUAUUACAAGAGCUUGAUUCAACAACAUGGAGGAGAAAGGCAAGAGGCCCUUCCACAAUAUGGUAACCGUCAGGGUCACCAGUCAGGAGUUAAUCAGGAGUUGGUAAAUAACCACAAAUCAAGAGAUACGAGGCCCAAAAUCAUGAAGCCUUGCAUAUACUUCAAUAGCUCAAGAGGAUGUCGGCAUGGAGCCAACUGUUCAUAUCAGCAUGAUGCAUCAUUCCAGCAGCGGGGAAGUCGGUCGGUGCCAGAGGUGCAGAGUGAGAAGAGAAUGAAACUGGAUAGGGAGAUCAGCAGUUAAGGUCUUUACUCCUGAAUGUACAUUUCUCCAGAUGGAAAGGCUUUAUUGCAGCUCUCUCUCCCCCAAUAUUUUAGUUCUCUUUUGGGCUUAGUCUGUCUUAUAUCAACAAAUUGUUUACAUUUUUAUAAUUUUACUCUUUGUUGCUUGAAA